UAUAGUGAAUGCAGGGUCCAGGGAGACCAUAUAUAGUGAAUGCAGGGUCCGGGGAGAGCGGAUAUAAUGAAUGCAGGGUCAGGGGAUACCAUAUAUAGUGAAUGCGGGGUGUGGGAGACCAUAUAUAGGAAUGCGGGGUCCGGGAAGACCAUAUAUAGUGAAUGCGGGUCCGGGAAGAGCGGAUAGAGUGAAUUCAGGGUCCGGGGAGAGAGGAUAUAGUGAAUGCGGAGUCCAGGAGACAAUAUAUAGUGAAUGCAGGGUGCAGGAGACCAUAUAUAGUGAAUGCGGGGUCAGGGGAGACCAUAUAUAGUGAAUGCAGGGUGCCCGGGGAGACCAUAUAUAAGAGAAUGCAGGGUCCAGGGAGAGCGGAUAUAGUGAAUGCGGGGUCCGGGGAGAGCGGAUAUAGUGAAUGCAGGGUCCGGGGAGAGCGGAUAUAGUGAAUGCGGGGUCCGGGGGAGAGCGGAUAUAGUGAAUGCAGGAUCCAGGGAGAGCUGAUAAAGUGAAU